AGAUUUUAUCCAAGAAUUCUAACAAUCGUUGUCUUUUGUGCUUGGUGCCACGAGUGAAAUCACAAUUGUUUCAAAUCUGGAUGAGAUUACGAUGAUUGCGGCCUCUGAACCACUAGAGUUUGUGCCGCACGGCAGAACAGUCAUCGCAAAGCAUCCAUCCCAGAUCUAUGGCAAGGGACACAACUGUUCCGCAUCGGAAAACUCCCUAUUGUAUAAGCUGACGAACUUCGGUAUCAAGGAUGAGAGCCUACUGGAAACCAAGGAUAGUGAGGACCAGGAGUGGUGGAGUAUUAGAGAGGUCUACUAUAAAGAUAGCGAUGACUUUGAUGAUGAUCCCCAACAAAUCAAAGAUCAAAAAUGUGACUAUGUCUCCGAUUCGUUUCGUCCACCAAGUCGCUUAAAGAAUGAGUUCAACAUGUCCAUAAAAUCUGAAUUACUUGGAGGAGUAAAAAAAAUGGAGACAGAUUGCAACUCUGGUGGGCCAUCACGAGGAGGCAGUGCCAACAGCUCCAGUAAUUUGUCCAAGAAAUUUAACCUGAAUAGUGGACAAUGCAAAAGUCCUAAUAAGAAGCCAUUAAAUCCGAAAACUGAUUGUUCUUAUGAAGAGGAACUGUAUGUAAAAGGCUGCACUGCUGUUUGGUCCAAAGGUCUAAUCUCAACUCCAGCAUCCAAACUGUCAGGUCCAGAACACAGAGAGACAAUUUCAUGCUACACCAUAGAAAACCCCAUAAAGCACGCGACUUUUGCAAAUUUCCAUGUAUCAAUUAACAACACAAUGCUCAUAGAUGCUCUAAACUCUCAAAUAGGUGAUGUUAAGAAGAAUAUAAAGGUGGAAGAUACAACAGAACAUAUACAAUCGAAAGUUAUGCCUUCAAUUUUGUUGCUAGACAGCAAAUGUAUGAGAGUAUAUGCAACUGAUGGAAGAGAGUAUGUAACCAGUGUACCAUUUCAAGUAAAAAAAGUCUGGCCCAUGAAAUAUGGUGUGCUUUUGGAGAAAGAUGCAACACCAUUGCUUCACAACUCCUUCCUACCAACAAGCUUCAUAAAAUUCAAUGAAUCUCAUAACAGUACAUUCUCCAAAUCGAAAAGUAACCAUCCUUUUAACAUGAGCGCGAAAUUACGUGCAGAAUCUGUAUCCGGUUAUGACCAGGACGUUCCCUUGCCUACAUGUUUCUCAUUGUCUCAUCCUUUGGACGAAGUCACGCCUGUAUUAAUGAAAUCACCUACUCAAGGGCUACAGUAUUACAAUGACGGUGAUUUGCAAAUCAUAUUUGUCAGUACCAAUCCUAGCAUAAUACUGUUAUAUGACUGGAAAUUGAGCAUACAUUCAUUGUGGAAGAUCCGGAAAGCUACGAGAGACGAAUGUCUUUCCAUCUGUCCUAACAUGAACUCAACAACAACAGUAUUCAGUCAAUCGUGUGACUUUAUUGGGAGUCCUAUGCACAGUAAUACUGGUAAGAACACUACGAACUGGAUGACCGGUAUAAGUAGCCCAUUGAACACGAGAAGAGGGCCAGGAACUCCUGCAACAUCCCGUUCGAGGCUGAACAGUCCGAUGGCGAAUAUCUUUCAUCAGCAAGGAAUGUCACCUCAUGCGUCAAUUGGUCAGGCAUCCUCGAUGUCAAUGAUGGCAAAUACAAUGACUCAAACUCCUCCAUCAUUACCGUUAUACCCAGACGUGUGCUUGGAUCAUAUUUGGACUGACAAUCAAACCGUUCGAAGAGAUCCUUUGGAUAAUCCAAACGAUACAAAGACGUUCUUGCAUACGGAUUUAGUUGGGCAUGAUUACUUAUGCUUCAUGCUGAGAUCGGGUGGUGUAAGCAAGCUUCAUAUUGUGAGGUUACAGAAGUCCCAUGCACAUGGACAGAUGUCGAAGACGAAUUUGAUAGUGGGUACAGUAUCUAUAGUGUUGGCGAAAGAUGCUGUGGUUUUGAACCAUUUGAAGAUGAUUGCUUUGAUUGAUGAAGCUGGGAACAUCAUUUUGCAAUCUGGCAAUCAUGCUGUUGGCAAGCUGCAUAUAGGUGGCGUACUCGCGCGGCUGAUCGAUUCGCCGUACACGAAGCGCGGCACGUUCCAGUCGCCGUUCCCGCGCCGGUCCAGCCUGUUGCCGUCGCGCCACGACGCCACCUUCGACGACUCCGCGCUGCAUCUGCUGUCCCCCGUGCCUCACACUUCCAGACAGGAGCACAAGGAGACUUUGGGCCUCCGAGGCCUCCGCGACGCGGCUGGCUCCCGCGUGACGCUGCAGUUCGAGGGCGGCGCGAUGUACCGGCUGGCGCUGCCGGCGCUCACUUGCUCCGCUCUGGUCUCGCGUUGCUGCCAGGCCUUGAGGGCCAUACUGCCCAAGGACAUCACCAUGCAGGUUAUAAUAAGAUGGUACGGGGCUCGCAACGCACCGGGCUCCCAGGACCUGUCUCCGCAGCAGGAAUGGGCCAUAUUCUCGGAUUUAUUGCUCGCUUUGCUCGGCUAUGACGUAGACAAGCUGACUCGUCCAAAACAGAACGAUGACCAGGUAGAAAACGCAGAAGUGGCCACUAAGAAGCAGCGCACAUCCAGUGACGGCACACUCGAAGAUUGGGACUACUUAUUAAACUCGAAAAUACACAAAAUGAUAGGCGUGGAACUCGCAUCAAUACUGAAGAUAAACUCACCAUCAAGCACAGCCUCGGCCUCCAAUCCACGGCCUGUUACCGACGAGAAACAAGCACAAUUCAACACAAACGCUUUAUUGUUCCCUUAUACAGUUCAAGUGUUAUACGCCUUCCAUUUAGUGUACGAAGAAAUCAAGCUAAAUACUCUUUUAUGGAGUGAUUUGAGACAGCUAUCACAGUUCUUGUAUCAAAUAGCAAAAGAUCUAAAAUUGGAGAGCUACGUCAAUCAUUACUGGUUGGACUUCCCUGCGGACUUGCAUCUCGAGUUCGACGUGAACGACAGUCAGAUGACAUCGACUGUAUUGAAGAAGUUAACUGAACCGACUUACUUCUCCGCGGAACCACUUAGUGUGUUUCAAUAUCUGAAUGCGAUGUUGAAAAACAUUGAUGCCGGGUGUUACCCUUAUUUGAUCGACGUGAACAAUAUGUCACGGGAUGUUAUUGAGGUCCUGGGCGUGGCGGGGCUGGGCCGGGGCGCGGGCGUGCAGACGCUGUCGCGCUGCGAGGUGGCCAGCAGCACGCCGAGGGCGCGGCCUGCGCACGCGCCGCAUGCUCCGCCGCACGCGCGCGCGCUGGCCGCCGCCGUCGACCGGGGUAUAACUCCCCGCGACGUGGAAAGCCUCCCACCCGGCGUGGGCCUCCUGCUGCUGACCGCUUUCGCUCGUUGCAAGAGCGAACCACCUGUCGACUGGGGUGCGGAGGCCUAUACCCUAGUCAUGAGAGACGAUCUGGCGCUGCAGGCUCGCAUCGCCGAUACUCUUCGCUCCACCACUGAGUAUAUGGAGUCACUAGCCCUCGAAGUAUUGGAAAAAGAGACAGCAUAUUCUCUCUGCCACCCUGCGGAGGAGCCGGUGCAGACCAAGGGCGAGGAAAACGACAAAGAUAGCACCGGCAUGGAACAUUUGGACACCAAGUUGUUAAGACUGCUGUAUCCUAGAGACCAUCGCAUGAGCGAAGUAUUCAACCUGCUGCAAUCUUCGACACCAGUCACGAUAAACCUGACGCAGCGGCCGGAGGUGUCCGACCACGACUUCAUCGAAGAACAGGAGAAGCAUCUACACGCGUUAAGCACCAGGACCAUGGCAUUACCGGUUGCGAGAGGCAUGUUGACCCUGCGAAGUCUACCCUGUUCACCAACGGAACCGCUCUCCCUCCCCAAACUGAGCGUCUCCGGUCGCGGCCCGCCUCCCCGCUGCAACACCAUAUCUCUACCAGCGGGUGACAGCUCCCCCAAUCAACUGUUAUGGCCCACUUUUCAUAACGGGGUGGCCGCAGGACUGGCGCUGGUCCCCAUGACUGGUUCUAGUAUUGAUUCCAGCUGGAUCAUUUAUAAUAAACCGCGGGGCACUACAGAAAUGUCAGCGGAGCACGCAGGCUUUCUGAUGGCACUAGGUCUCAACGGGCAUUUGCGUGACAUGCCGUUCAUGAACAUCUACGAGUACCUGAUCAAGUGCAACGAGAUGAUCUCCAUUGGGCUACUGCUCGGCCUCGCCGCUACUUACAGAGGCACUAUGGACGUGCAAGCGACGAAAAUGAUGAGCGUCCACCUAGAACCCCUCCUCCCGCCCACCUCCAUCGAGCUGGACAUGCAGCAGAACAUCCUGGUCGCUGCCCUGUUGGGAGUCGGCCUUGUCUACCAGGGGACUAUGCACACACAUUAUGCCAGAGUGUUGUUGGCCGAGAUCGGCAAGCCGCCCGGGCCCGAGAUGGAGAACUGCGUGGAGCGCGAGGGCUACGCGCUGGCGGCGGGCCUGGCGCUGGGGCUGGUGUGCGCGGGCGGCGCCCGCCAGGGGCUGCAGCCCGACCACAUGGCGCCGCGGCUCCGGACCUACAUGCUGGGCGGCGAGAAGCUGCCGCUCACCGGAUCACAGAAAGAGAAAUACAAACAAGCCUCGUUCGCGAUCCGCGAGGGGGCCACAGUGAACCUCGACGUGACGUCUCCUGGGGCUACAUUGGCUCUGGGCCUUAUCUACAUGCGAUCCAACAACGUGGCCCUGGCCGGAUGGCUGGAACCACCUCAUACGGCGUAUUUACUGGACUUUGUGCGCCCUGAUUUGCUCAUGCUUAGGAUUAUAGCUAGAGGACUGGUGCUAUGGGACAGUAUAGAAGCGAGCGAGGAGUGGGUGGAGAACCAAGUACCGCCCAGCAUCAAGCCAUACUGCCUUGUCAAACCAACAGAGGAGAAUGUCGACUACGAAGCUAUGAACCAAGCGUACUGCAACAUAAUAGCGGGCGCGUGUUUCUCGCUGGGGCUGCGCUUCGCGGGGUCGGGCGACGACGACGCCAGAGACGCCAUCCUGCACUUCGUGCGGCGGUUCAUCGCGCUGGGGGGCAAGCCCAUCGCGGAGCUGGCGGGCCGCAGCACCCUGGAGGCGUGCCUGUGCGUGUGCCUGCUGGCCGCCGGCAUGGUGGCGUGCGGGCGCGGCGACGUGGCGGUGCUGCGCCUGUGCCGGCGCCUGCGCGCGCGCACCACGCCGCACGCACUGCACGCGCCGCUCACGCACGGCGGACAGAUGGCGGUGCACUGCACGAUCGGUCUACUGUUCCUCGGAGGCUGUCGUGCCACGCUGAGUACCACGCCCACUGCCGUAGCGGCAUUAUUGGCUGCAUUCUUCCCCAAGUUCCCUACCCACAGUGAGGAUAACAGAUACCACCUGCAGGCUUUCAGACACCUGUAUGUCCUCGCAGUGGAGCCUCGGCUCAUUCUGCCCCGGGACCUGGAUACCGGAAAACUAUGCUACGCCCAUAUACAAGUAAUCGACUUGGAAGGCGCAGUAAAAGAGAUGAUGGCUCCAUGCAUCGUUCCGGAGCUGGAGAGACUACGCGAAGUGAAAAUCGCCGACCCACGGUACUGGCCUAUCAGCUUCCAGCGCGGGCGCAACUGGGACCAGCUGAGAACUUUUCUGGAAUACACCUGGUGUAUAGACAUAAAACAGCGCGCAGGCAGUCUCUCGUACCGAGAUGACCCCCACGGGUUUCUCACCAUCCUGUCGCAGAGUUUGACCCUGGACAAAUCUCACAUCUGGUCACCCACUCCUGACAAUAUACAAUUAUUCUCCAACGACAUAAAAGUCAAAAACUUUGUGAAACAUUAUCUGACAAAGGAACGGACCUUGACGAACAUUUGUUCGGAUUGUUUGAUAAUACCCAAAAAGAGGAAAGGGUUAAAAAAUGAACCGUUUAUGGCGAAGGAGUGUCUGUGCCGACAGUACAGUAAGGAGGAAAAAGAACACGUGCAGAUGCUGAGUAUGGUCACUUACGAGUGUGUCGUCAAGGAUAUUUUGUGCGCGUUGCCGAUUUGGACUGCGUUUUUGAAGAUAAUAAAGGCGAUGAAGACAGAACCGACAUCGUACAACAUCUGGCAGAUAAAAUUACUGCUUUCUCAUAUAGAGAAUCAUAGUAAAAGAACUAUAGAAGAAAUGAAAAUCGACGGUCAAGACACACCUUACGAACCUUUAAUUUCUAACGAAUUUACCAUGGCUAUUAAACAGAAGGUAUCCCAUAUAUUUGACGGCUGGGAGCCUCUGAUCGCGCCAUACUUGUCUACGUACUUGCGAAAAUGGUCAAGCUUUGGCCAUACCAGAAUAAGUUCUUGCGAUGACAAAUUAAAAAAGAUGUUAAGUACGUUUUUAGUAUAUCACGACUUGCCAAGGAACCUGUUGAGUUAUAAAAGCGAAUUUAGUUUACUGUUGGGCUUAGACGAAACGAACUUGAGUGCAGAAGCUGUUGAUAAAGUGGGGGAGUUAUUGAGGUGAUUGCGGGAAAGUGGGGGGUAUAACACUCGAUCGCAUUGCCUUGGAGAUUGUAAUAAGACUGAGUCAGCUUAAGCUUGUAACACACUCGUCAGUCGCAGGAACUGAUAAAAGAGGGGCAUUCUUGUACAUUUGAAAUUCGAUAAAUUCGAAUUUAAGUCCGCCAUCUUGUGGAAUAUUACAUAUCUAAUUUCCUU